AUGCCUCUGUGCUGUACGGGGCCGCGGGCGCUGGGGCUGCAGGGCCCUGUGAAGGAGCGGCUGCCUCCUGCUGGACAGAGCCAGUUCCUGGAAUUUGAUGACUGCAAGGGAAAUAACAAAUUGAACUUCGAAGUUUCUAACCCAGACUUUAAGGUGGAACGCGACGGGUCUUUAGUUGCACUAAAGAAUGUAUCAGAAGCUGGCAGAGCUUUGUUUGUCCAUGCGCGGACUGAGCAUGCUGAGGAUUUGGCAGAAAUUUUGAUUGUUGGAGCGAAUGAAAAACAUGGAGCAUUAAAG